UGCCCACCUAAGAAAGACUUUUAGAGGUGCCCACCUACAAACUAUAACUAGUCACAGGUGCCCAUUUUUCUUUCUGGGCACCGGUGCCCACCUAUGAAAGGCUUUUAGAGGUGCCCACUUAAGAACUAUAACUAGUCACAGGUGCCAAUUUUUCUUUCUGGGCACCGGUGCCCACCUAUGAAAGGCUUUUAGAGGUGCCCACCUAAGUUUGAAAUACAACAGGGUACAAUAAUUCAAUUUUAAUUGAUUCGUACAAAAAGUAUACUUCCACUGUCGAAAUCAUGGAUGAAAAAAAAAAAGCGUGUUGUCAGGGAAGCUUCAGCAAUGAUCAGGGGGUUUGUUUGGGGGAAUACCCAGUUCCAUCACUGAUGUUGACAGUCCACCCCAAUUCACAGACGGUGAUCCUGCUUGUACUAUAGAGCUGUUCAUGUUAUUUUUUAACAACAUGUCUGUUGAAUUCAAAGCACGAAUCGGAGGGUUGAAAGACAACGUGAGUCGCAUUCAACACUGCUCUGAAACCCACGAACACAAUUACAUCAGUGAUACACGUUUCGCAGAUCUUUUGGACAUGGAUGACUUGAUGCGAGACUUUUUAUUAGAGACGCAAGAUUGUCAGAGAGAAGAAAUUCCCCCUGCACAUACGAAACUGAUUGUAAAGGAACGAAAAUAUAUCAUUAACUCAAAACUCUCAAUACCAAUUACACGAGCAGAGUUUACUCUACCUCUUCAACAGGAGAGCAUUUCUUUACAGUCUGUUACAAAAUCAUCGAUGGCAUUAAUUUUCUCGUUCGUAUUGACAAUCUCGACAAGCAAAUCAAAAUCAUCACGUCAGACAUGA